CCAAAGUAUGAAGACACGCAGCUUAUUUACGGACGCGAAGGGGCGCCUCUUGACAGACACGUGUCUGAAGUUAAUUGGGGAGAGGAAAAAUGGAACGCGUUGUUUCGUCUCGGUUCUUCAUUUCUCUCUUCCUUCUCUCCUCUCCAGGCGAUCGAGAAGGCAAUAUAUCUUCUUCGCCGUGGCUGUUCUUCUUCUCGGUGGCUCUCUAGGCGGGUCUUGUUGACAAAGGAAAACGGAAUCCCCUCUAUCGGUUGGUCUCAUCGGCGAAGGAUAAUGGUGAGAUCUCUCUUCUUCGCCGUGGCUCUUCUUCUUCUCGGUGGCUGGAAAGGUAAGGAUGAGUUUGUUUGUGCACGUCUUAGCUUGUGCAUGUCGGGGAAUCUAAUAAAACUGGGCUUAGAUUAUGUUAUUUCAUCGUGAAUCUAGAUAAGUUCGAUCCACUAAUUUUUGUUUUUUUUUCUGUGUUUGUGUCUUCAUAUGGAGUGAUGAAGAGGCAUGAUCGAAGCUCAAGCUUGGGCUUUGUCUGACAAACCCCCACGAUUGUUCAUAAGUCACGGAAGAGAAAGUCGAUGAUGGAUGUGGUUACUACUACUACUACUACUACUUCUAAUAGUAAUGGAUUCACGAGCUCUGGUUCCACUAGCAUACACAACAGUCCCUGUCUCACUCCUGUUUCGGCUAAAGGAGGCAGAGUCAACACCAAGUCAAGGGCCAAAGGGACUCAGUCAGUUCCUCAAACCCCCAUCUCAAAUGCUGUUGUAGCUUCUCCUGCCACACUAACUCCUUCUGGAAGUUGCCGUUAUGACAGUUCUUUAGGUCUCCUUACAAAAAGGUUUGUCAAUCUAAUCAAACAAGCCGAAGAUGGGAUGCUGGACCUAAACAAAGCUGCAGAAGCAUUGGAGGUGCAGAAACGGCGCAUAUAUGAUAUUACAAACGUUUUGGAGGGGAUUGAUCUCAUUGAAAAGCCUUUCAAGAACCGUAUACUGUGGAAGGGAGUUGAUGCUUCGAGGCCUGGCGAUGUGGAUGCUGACGUAUCUGUCUUACAGGCAGAGAUUGAAAACCUUAACCUCCAGGAGCAAGCGCUAGAUAACCAAAUCAGAGAAACGGAGGAAAGACUAAGAGAUCUUAGCGAAAAUGAAAAGAAUCAGAAGUGGCUUUUUGUAACUGAAGAGGACAUCAAGAGUUUACCGGGUUUCCAGAACCAAACUCUGAUAGCUGUCAAAGCUCCUCAUGGAACAACUCUGGAAGUCCCUGAUCCAGAUGAAGCGGGUGAGCUCCCUCAGAGGAGACACAGGAUCAUUCUUAGAAGUACAAUGGGACCUAUUGACGUAUACCUUGUCAGUGAAUUUGAGGACACGAAUGGGGAUGUUGCACCACCAGCAUGCUUGCCUAUUGCUUCUUGCUCAGGAUCUACAGAAAACAAUGAAAUCGAAGCCUUAACUAUUGAUAACACAGAAACUGCCUCUGAGCUUCAGAUGUCUCAAGAUCAGGCACAUGCCCAACCCGGCGAUACCUCUGAUCUUAAUUAUUUACAGGAGCAAGUAGGAGGAAUGCUUAAGAUUACUCUCUCUGACAUCGAAAAUGAUGAUACGGACUACUGGCUUCUCUCCAACGCUGAAAUAAGCAUGACGGAUAUUUGGAACACAGACUCUGGUAUUGAUUGGGACUAUGGAAUAGCUGACGUGACUCCACCACCAGUAAUGAGUGAAAUAGCCUCAGCCGAUAUUGACUCCAAACCAACUUGAUUGCAAGAAGACCAAACACCUAUCCCAGCUUCUGAUUCCUGAUGUGUCCCUUCACAAUACUCUUGGUUCUUCAAUUCAAAUCCAAGGAGGGAGCAGAUACAGAACGUGUGUGGAACCAGUGGCAGGUGCGUUCAUUUAUCGCUAGAGAGUGGUCGUGUAACGAGUGACAAUGUAGAUGAACUAAUGUAAGUUUUAGAGUAAUAUACUUCAUCGGGUGCAUAA